AUGGCCCCCGCAACCGUCCCCUGUCAGUAUCGGACGGGCAAAACCCUCGGCAGCGGCACAUACGCUAUCGUGAAGGAGGCAGUACACAUCAAGACUGGCAAGUACUAUGCUUGCAAGGUCAUCAACAAGAAACUCAUGGAGGGGCGGGAGUACAUGGUACGGAACGAGAUUGCGGUGUUGAAGAAGGUGUCCAAGGGUCACAGAAACAUCGUUACCCUUCAUGACUAUUUCGAGACGGCACACAACCUCUAUCUUUGCUUUGACCUGUGUACGGGCGGCGAGCUCUUCGAUCGCAUAUGCGCCAAGGGCAACUACUACGAAGAGGAUGCUGCUGCGCUGGUACGGACGAUCAUGGGUGCAGUGAAGUACAUUCACGAGUGUGGUAUCGUACACCGAGACCUCAAGCCCGAGAACCUCCUCUUCCGUACGAAGGACGAAGAUGCAGAUAUCAUGAUCGCCGACUUUGGUCUCAGUCGGGUAAUGGACGAUGAGAAGUUCCAUCUCUUGACAGAGAUAUGCGGAACGCCAGGCUAUAUGGCUCCUGAGAUCUUCAAGAAGACCGGCCACGGGAAGCCUGUCGAUGUCUGGGCUAUGGGCGUCAUCACAUACUUCCUGCUUUGUGGAUACACUCCAUUUGACCGUGAUACCCAACAACAGGAGAUGGAGGCUAUCAUUGCCGGUGACUACCGCUUCGAGCCUGACGAGUAUUGGUCGAACGUCUCCCAGACCGCGCGUGACUUCGUCUCGGAAUGCCUGACGAUCGACCCCACGUCGCGCCCAACCGCGGCGGAGGCGCUCAAGCACAAGUGGCUCGCAUCGGAGCAGCCGCACUUUGUGCCCGACCCGCAGAGCUCCUCGGGCCGGCCGACGAACCUGCUGCCGCAGAUCCAGAAGGCGUUCGACGCGAAGAAGACGUUCCGCAAGGCGGUGUUCUCGAUGAUCGCGACGAAGCGCAUGUCGCUGCUCGCGGGGCUGUCGCCGACGGCGCAGACGCUGAGCGAGCACAUCGCGCAGUUCAAGGAGGAGUCGGAGAAGGAGCAGGUCGACGAGGGUCGCAGCGUGACGCACUACGACGAGCACGGCACCGAGCACUCGGAGUCGCGCGAGGAGCUCAAGAAGCAAGACGACGUCUCCCAGUCCGAGGCGGAGGGACACACCGCGCUCGUGACCAAGCUAGACAGCUUGUCUGUAUGA